AUGAAUCCGGGGAUUCUAGCCGAGCGGUUACCUGUACAGGUUAAGGUGCCGGGUAUGGUAGGACCUGACCUGAUGUUCGGAGUUGAGGCAUACUCAGACAGUACAGAGAUCACUCUGGCCAUGGACACUUUGCAAUCAACUUUUGGAUGUUGUGGUAUCACAUCGUUUCAAGAUUACGAGACCAACCCUCAUUUUGCGUGUACCUCAGGAAGUCCGCUCCCAGAAGCAUGUGGCGUGCCCUCCUCCUGCUGUACGCCUCAAGGGGUUAGUGAUUUUGGAGAGGCUAUGUGUGGCCACGGUGUUCGCCUGAACACAACUUCACCGACUGGCCGGGUUUACGUUGAUGGCUGCGUCAACUCCUUCACCUUUCUCCUCAGCAGCAGGCUUGACCUUGUCGGAGCCUUUGCUCUAGGGUGUGCAAUUCCGCAGGUGAUUGGAUUUUUGCUUACAUACUAUUUUAUACGGCGCGUGGAAAAUAAUCGGUGUUGGUACACUGCCACCAACAGUGACCUGUAUCAGGCUUUGUAGAUGUCUGUCACACUGUGCUGCCAAACCCUUGGUAGAUAACUACCAUAGAAUUGUCAAAAUGUGUAGAGAACUGCAAUAUCUGGUGUUGGUGUUUAUCAUCAGUUGUAAUGAAGCUCCAGAUUAGUUACAAAGUUGUCCUGCUCCAACUUCUUGGUUAACAAAUAGGAUCUGUAUUUGAAUGGAAGCAAAUAUGACUAUAGUUUUAAAAAAUGCAUUAGUUUUGAAUAUUAAGGAGUUGAACGUUUUGUUUUGCUUUUGACAUUAAAAAAUAAAAAAAAAAAAAAAAAUUAAAUUCUAAGAUUUAAUACAAGAUUUUUAUCUUCUCGUUCUUAAAUAACAUUGUUUUCUACAUAUAGAAUAGAAUCUCAUCUAUGAAACUCUGUUGAUCUUUGCUUUUAAUGUCAAGUACUGGAUUUAUUAGCUCACCUGGGUUGAAGGGCCAAGUGAGCUUAUGCUGUGGUGCAGCGUUUUUAUUUAAACAACUUCUUCUCAAUAACCAAUAGAGCAAAUGUUUUGAUAUUUGGCUGGUAUGUUCCUAGUAGAAAGCCUAACAAAGUUUGUGAAAAGAAAUGUCCUUGACUAAUAUUCAAGGUCACAGGGGUCAGAUUUGUUAAAAGGUUUAAAUGACUUCUUGUCACAAACUAAAAGGUCUAGAGGUUAUGAUAUUUGGCUGGUAUAUAUAUACCAGGUGAGCGUUGCAGGCCCAAGGGGCCUCUUGUUUAUUUUUGUAACCCUUCAUUUUCUUUUGUCUGUUUGUUAAAUCUUUUUUUUAGAUUUAGUUUGUUCAUGUAAAUGUGUUUUAUUUUGAGAUUGUGAUAAAUACUGAGAUGUAAUGAGUUUUAACUGAUACACUAGUGUCAAAACUUCAUAUACAGACGAGUGUUUUCACAGAGGUAUUUAUCUUUAUUCAUUUAUGUGAACAAAAUACAGGAAUGCAUUAGAACGCAACAAAUGUGAAAUAAGAACAAGGAAAAGAUAACUGAAAGCAUUGUAAGACACACACUGAAUGACUUUAAUUGAUAUACAUAAUUAGUAGACGAUGGGAUUGUAUAUGUCUGUGGGAUUAAAACCAUUAAUAAUAAGGAAAUUCAAAUCAGCAUUUACUAUAUAUAUAAAACUGGGGCAUGUGGACAGCACACAUGAGUUGAGCAUCAUUAAGGGAUAAAGAUUUGUCAGUAUCUGGUUUACAGUCCUGGACUUUAUUUGAUGCUUUCCUUGUGAUAGUUAUCCAUAGUGUAAACUUAGAGGGACAUUGUAUCUCCCUUCCCAGAAGUGGAUUGUUAGAUAAAGUCUUACUGAACUACAUGUGUGUACAUUAUAGGAACUUAUAACUUAGUUAACUUAUACUGUAAUGGUGCUAAUUUUCACUUGCACAAGCUUAAAACACCACUAGAGAAUAACAUAAACCAAAAGUGUUUCUGUCGUAGUGUUGAUUACUUAAUUACUGAACUCAAGACUUACUCAGAUGUUUUAUGUGAAUAAUUCCUUCAUAUUGUUGUGUUUUUAUAAUAUAUUACUGUACACAAGAAUUACUUCAGAUAUUUAUGUGAAUGAGUCCUUCACAUUGUCGUGUUGGUAUAAUAUAUUACUGAACACAAGAAAUACCCAGAUAUUUUAAGUGAAUAAUUCGUUAACAUUGAUAUGUUGGUAGUAUGAUGUUACCUAUAAUUUGUGCAGUUUUCUGUUCCCAGGAAUAGAAAGAUCAUGCUUCUUUUGUCACUUAACAUCACUGGAGAUUUAACAGACAGAACAAAUUGUUCUGAAUAGGAGAAGAAAUCCUAGUGCUUUAAUGAAGUCCUGUUUUUACAUCAAUCUACUUUUAUUGUUUACAUUUUUUUGAGAUGUUUGAAAGUGCUUUAUGUAAUUUACUUUGCUCAAUAUACAUAGAUUCUUUUGUAUUUUUUGAUUAACUUGUGUAGGUACAAUUGGUUGUGGGAUUAGGAACUUGUUAUCUAGCAAUGGUCUCAGAGGCAUUUUAGCGUGACUAGAUUUCAGCCAAGGAUAUAAUCUACGUUGAAGUACAGAAAUAUAUUAAAUAUACUUUUUUCAUUUUUUUUUGUUUUUUUUUGUAUAUGUUGUACAGAGAGAGUAAUAUGAAUUAUGCAAUCCCACUCAAUACACACACCUAAGAAAUAUUAGAAGGGUAUAUACUGGAACAGUGAGUAAACAGAAUCAUGUCCAGAAAACCUCUCCUCCAGAUUUGACGGAAGCAAUUGAAACAAUAAAGUAAAGAUGCUACUUAUACUUUCUUCAAUCCAACUCAUUCUCUAAGUCAUACCCAUUUUGAAAAUUUCUCAGCCAAGUAUCAUUGUAAUUUUCGGUUGUCAUUAUAUAAAGAAUAAUACAGAUAAGUCAUUGUGUUAUCUGUGUGUUGUCCUGGAUUCUGAUCACUGUACAUGGACUUUAUAUGCUUCUGUAGGACUUUGUUGUAUGGUUUUUGGUGUAAAUUCAAUCCGUAAGCUUCCAGAUAACAGGUUUUCUAUCCACUAUUUUGUUUAUACACAUGUACUGGAGUUAAAGGCUUUUUUUGUGUUUGUUGCAUUCCAUUUGUAAUUAUUGAUGUUUUGUUUGAAGUCCAUUGUCCUCAUGUUUACAGUUAUGACAUGUUGAUUGAUAUGUUUCAUGUUUAUUUACAGAUUCAGAAUGAUCAAUUUUAAAUGUUAUUAUCUUACUCUUCAAACUUGUACUUAGGUAUCAGAUCUCUGACAAUUUUAUAACCCAGAAGAAUCGCUAUGUCUGUUGUACUUCCUAGAGAAAUUUGUGACCACCUCUAUCAUCUAGCAUGUCAUUGGUCAAUAGUGAUUCAAAAUCAUUCAAAACUAUAACUUUUUACAAUAUUCUCUCCUUAAUAUGAAAUGUUGGUCGCGUGUGAAUAUUCACAGAUUUCUCGACCAAUGUGGAGCUCCAGAAAUAGGGAUGGAAGAGUGACAAAGAUUUGGUUUAUAAUACAAGUCCAUGAUAGUAUGAACCCACAAGAGCAAGGAUCUAUGUUUUUGUAUUUUUACUGAUGUCACAACCUAAUUGCCUCCCCUUUUACCUUUGUCUGUGGAUGUGACAAAAUGUUCUCAAUGUUUUACAGACUUUUUUUGCUUAGCAAGUUUUUCAUUGUUGUUAGCACAGGCUAUGUUUUCUCUUUAGUGGCCAGUGCCCAGUGAGCCAGGGUGAUGUAAUAAGUUGAAGAGAUGUUAACAUCUUUUACAUCAGAUUAUAAUUGAUAGAAUCACCAGUACAGAAAGACUAGUUCAGCAUCACCAGUACAGAAAGACUAGUUCUGCAUCACCAGUACAGAAAGACUAGUUCUGCUUUGGGCUAACUGGGCCCAGUUAUAUAAUGUGUAUUUGACUUUUGGAUACACUUUACAUACUACGUAUGUAAUAAUGUGAAAAAAUAAACUUUCAUUACUUUUGA